CUGUUUUGCAGUUUUAAACAAUAAAAAUCACAUUUGACAUAUAAUGAUAGAACAUUACAAAUGAAUAUUCUAUUAUUAAUUAUUUUAUUCUACUGAAAUACUUUACGUUUUCGGAUUUCAUUUAUUUUGGCAGGUAUGCUUAUGUCUUUAUUUUACGCACAGAAAAUAAUUAUAAACCUAACACAACGCAAUAUAUUUACGUAAACCAUAAUAUAAAUAAACCAAAGACUACUUCAGAUUUCAUCAGCUAUUCGAUUGUGGAGAUCUCCUAUCAAAUGCAUGCUAAACUGCUCGUUCUGUUGAAUCCUUGAUAGUCUAAAAAGGCUAUAUAAGUCAAAAAUAUCCAUAGAUAUCAAUAUAUUACGUAUGGAUUCAACAACAUUGCAUGUCAAAGUUGCAUAGUACCAGAUCAUCACAAACCGAGAUCACAUCUUUAUUAAAUGCAUUUGAUGGCAUGGAUGGAAGACAAAAAGAUCCAUUUCCUUAUGGCAUAAAAUAUCGAACUCAGCCCCCCUUUGACAAAACAGAGAUUAUUUCACGAGUGAACGUUACACGGGUUAAUGAGACACACGCAUGACAUUCUUUUCAGGGAACAGGUUUGGGGUCAAAGUUACGCUCAUUUCUUCCGCACAGUCAUUCAAAAGACAGCUGCUCCAGUGCAGUGAGGAUGGUAACGUAGCCUAUCUUUAUGAUGACAGAUCGUCAAGGUUAAACUUGUGAUUUUAUUUGGACUAACGAUAAAGUUUUCCACUGUAGCAAUCAUGAGGGACAGACUAGAUCAUCUGCAGACCAUCUGUGAGUCUAAAAGCCAGCUGGUGGAGAUGGAGUCAGACUCUUUCAGCAAUGUGGACCUGGAGGAGGAUUUCAACCAGCAGGCUAUCAUUUAUGACAGCAGUGACAAGAUGGAGUCUGUGCUUGAUGAGGCUCAGGACACUAGGUGUGAGAUUCAGCUCAUCCGCCUUGAGGUGAAGCGUCUCAAGGAGCAAAACACGCGUCUACUUAGUGUACCAACUCGUACAACUCAUGUAAAGCGCAAUGCUAAUGUCAUCGUCGGUGACAUCAAGCACCGAGGAGAGGAUGUUCUGGCACGCCUUCAUAAAAUGGAUACCUGCGCCAAAGAGCUUGAAGAAGAGCACCAUGUGAACUCAGCUGUGGCGAGAAUUGCCCGAACACAGUAUGCCACCCUGAGCAACAACUUCCGGGAUGCAAUGACAGAGUACAAUGAUGCAGAGAUGAGCCACAAGGAAAGUUGCAAGCUUCACAUCCAACGGCAAAUGGAGAUAGUGGGCAGAGAGGUUUCAGGUGAGCAGAUUGAGGAGAUGCUGGAAAAUGGCCAGUGGAACAUCUUCAGUGACAACAUUAUCUCAGAAGGUAAAACGGCUCGAUCCGCACUCAACCAGAUUGAGACCAGACAUCGGGACCUGCUGGAGUUAGAAAAUCGACUCAAGAGCCUUCAUGAAGUGUUUCUGGAUGUAGCUAUGCUUGUUGAGGAACAAGGACCCAUGACAGACUACAUCUUAAACAAUGUUCAGAAAACCGAUGCUUUGCUUGGUGAAGUCCUUGUCAAACUGAAAAGGGCCAAGAGGUAUAAAAAUAACAACCCAUUCAAGAAAAUGUUCUGUGGAUGCUUUCCGUGCGCAAAGCUUUGAGGCUGUUGAUCAGAGCGACUGUGAUCAGUGUGGAAUUUUCCAUUGAAGGGCUGCAGUAUUUGCUGGGACAAUAGUCCUCCAAGACUAAAGCUUUCUUUUAUUAGUACCCAUCCAAAUCAAUGAGAUCACAAAACCUGAUUGUUUGACACUGCUAAAAUGAACAAGAAAACAGCUGAGAGGAAAUUAUGUGAAACAAACACAAACUGAAAACAUUCCCUACUUUACAACAUAGGCUCAUGUUCACCUUAAUCAAGAUGUAUUUUCAUUUACAUAUUAAUAACAGCUGUUUAAAUAGCUAUAAAUCUAAAUAUAAUAUUCAUACCCAGUGAAGUCAAUUCACAUCAUAAAGGUAAAGGAUCUUUAAAUGAUGGACCUUUAAAUGGAAUUAUUGGAUACACAUUCCAUAUGCAUUACUUUGUUUUUUAUCAUCUGUAAUGCAAUGAUGAUAUUCUUAGAUUGUAGUUACCCCAGUAACAAUAAGAUUUAUUCAGAAGCAUAAAACACAAUUUAGUCAUAACUUUUGCGUUCUUAUUAUGUCAUUCUUCUAACCUGGCUGAACUGAACACGCACUUUCGUGUCUCCUUUACAUUAAACAGCUGGAAUAUGAAGCAUUUGCAAUUUGCAUUUUUUGAUUCUCUUGUUGUUUUUCACUUUAUAAUUAGUUUCUCUUGAACAUUACACAAAGUGCAUAAAGUCUUUAUUAGUCAGAUGUAAGAUACAUAAAGUAUAUAUUUCAUAAUUGUUUCUUGUUUUGUCUGUUAUUAUUUUAUUAUAUGUGACAACAUUUUCUCAUUUUUCCUAGGGUCUCUGUUUACAGUAUAAAGUAUUUGAGCCCUAUUAUUAUUAAUAUGAAUAAUGUUUAUCGUUCAUAUGUAUGUCUGAAAGUGUUUCAGGCACAGAAUGUUAACUGUAGCCUAAAUCUACUCUGAAAUUUACCUUCAGUGCUAAUAAAGUGUUAUCUCAUGAACACUUCAGCAUGAAAAUAUGUUUAGCCUUCAUUGUGUAACAUGGAUACUGACAAAAUUUUUCAUCACUUCAAACACUGGGAUUUCUAUGGAAACAUGAUUUCAAAUCCUAAUUGACCCCCAAUGAAUGAAAAAAGCUAGAGUGUUCAGUAGCUGUAUGUGCAGUUUCCAAAUCAAGUAUUCACUUCAUCUGUUCGUGCUUCUUUGUGCAAAAAAGGAAAACCAGAAUCAUAAGACGAAACGAGAUCAAACAUUUGUGGUGAAAUGUCAUUUCAUUUCAUUUGUGAUGAACUCUGUCUUUUUUAAACUUGUAAAUGAAUUGCCAUCAUAUUUUUAACUAAACAAUUAAUUCUUAAUUAUUUAGGCUAUUCUUUUGUCUUUACUUGUCAACUGUACACACAGUAGAACAAUAUCUCUGUAUGGUAAAUACUAUGAUGAAAACUUGCUUAGAAUGUUCUCUCUUCAGCCUAUCUUAGCCAGAAUGAGGAAACAGGUUUUGAAGACAACAACUUUCCUAUAUGGAUUUUUAAAUGUUACAGGCCAAAUGCUCUCUAACAGAUAUAAUUGCUGUGUGGUAGUCAUAUUGUAGAAUAAAAAAUUCUGAACAUUUAGCAACUUGUUCAGUUUUCACAUACACAUAUUUUGUAACUAUUUAGGUUUCUCACAUGAGAGUUGUUUCCUUGUUCCUUCAAAAUACUAUACAUGCCACUAACGUGAUCUAAAUAGGCUGUUUACAUGAAGUCAGCAGGCAGCAGCCUAUGUUAAUGUACUGCCAUGUUACAACAGGUGCAUUAUAGGCCUACUCACUGAUUUCACAAUUUCAUCUAUAUUUUUGUCAUGUUCACCUGGACCCUGAACUAUGAAUGUCCAAUCUCGUAUUAGGUUGCUUCAAAGAGAAUACCUUGAGCUCACUUAAUAUAGGGGUUGUGGAGAUUUGCAAUGUUAAUGUUGAUGAUUUAAGCUCACAGAAAAAUGUAUUAGAAUGUACAUAUUUUUUUGUUUGUUUGACCACAGGAAUGUGAUUAAGUGAUGAAACGCAAUUAAUCCUCUGUCAAACAAAAAUAUAAAAAAUAUUUUUUAAUAACAUAAGUAACUGCAUGCUUUUGUCGUAUAGAAAAGAGCAGCAUCUCCUUUUGUGAACCACAAGA